UGACAAAGCUGAAGAGUGCUGCUGCCUUUAUACCAAUGCAUUAAUGUUAGUACCAAUCCUCACUGACAUACCAUUAGCAUAGCUAACACUCCAUGCUUCUGUAAGUCUUGGGAUAGCAAGAGGGUGGUAGGGCUUUUCUUACCAUUUAUUGCAGUACACUGUAGAGAGCAGCAGAUAUGGGCAUGGCAAGGACUUGUGUCAUACAGAAAAUUGUUUUUGAUAUCUGAAUUUGAUUGCUUGACAUUGACAAUGGCUCAAAGGGCAUGUUGCCUAAGGAAAUGCAUACCUUCAGGCGAGCAUUCAAGAUCGAUCCCUAGUCCAACAUGUUUCUUAAGGAGAAUUUGAGUUUUUCUGGUGGCUAAAGAAGGGAGCAGUGGAAAGUUUAGGAGUAUGCAUAGGGAAGGCACAACCUUUGAGGCUUUGAUAUCCACAGAUGAUAGCAGGUAAGAAACUUCCUCUAGGGUCACUGGGACUUCCACUCAUUGGGGAGUCCAUAAGCUUUGUCAGGGCGCAUAAACAUGAUCAAACUGUCGAUUGGAUUCAAAAGCAUGUAAACAAGUAUGGACCAGUAUUCAAGACCUCACUCAUGGGUUCAAAUGCAGUGUUUUCGACUGGCCAAGCUCGUAAUUGUUUCAUAUUCAGUGGGAGAGACAAUGGCAUUGCGAGCAACCAAGUUGGAACUGCAGCAGGCAUACUUGGAAAGCACAGCAUCUUUGAGCUUCCAGGGCUUUGACAUAAGAUUGUCAGAGGUGCAAUAUUGAGCUUUUUGAAACCUGAAAGUAUCCAAAGAUUUGUUUCUGCAAUGGAUUCAUUAGUCCAGCAAGAAAUGUUCCAAGAACUAAGCGGUACAGAUACAGUUAAAAUGGUGACACUAAUAAAAAAGAUCACUUUCAAUGUCAGCUGCAGUUUACUCUUCAGAUUACAAAGCAAGGAGGAAGAUUAUCUGUUUGAAGAUUUUAUUGUUGCCAUCAAAGGUUUAUGGGCUAUCCCAUUAAAAUUUCCAGGGACUGCAUACCAUAAGGCAUAGCAGGCACAAGGCAGAAUAUCUAGGCUUCUCUCCAAACUAAUAAAAGGAAGGAAGAAGGAAAUAGACGAAGGGAGCAAAGGCUCUUUAGAUGACAAUGAUCUUAUCUCCAGUCUGCUUAUCCUGAGAGAUGAAAAUGGUGAUCCAUUACUAGAGGAGGAAAUCAUAGAUAAUGUGAUCUCUGUAAUGAUUGCUAGCCAUGAUACAACAUGUUUUGGCCUUUACAUCCUACUCAAAACAAGAAUGGAUAUCCUGCCUGGCCUUCCAGAGCCUUCUUCUGACUUAAAACUACAGUUCACAUCCAUAGUUUUGGCAACUCUAGUUGCUGUCCUUUGCUGCUUCAAAUUUAUAGUCUCACCACUUCUAGGCAAGAAACUCCCACCAGGUUCAUUCGGGUUCCCACUUAUUGGGGAGUCUAUCAGCUUUGCAAGGGCACAAACACAAGACAGGACUCCUGAAUGGAUUCUGAACCGGAUCAAGAAGUAUGGACCGGUAUUCAAGACCUCCAUCAUGGGUGCAAAAAUGGUGGUUUUGACUGGCCAAGCAGGAAAUCGUUUUGUAUUUAAUGGUGGUGACCAUGGGAUUUCAUGCAAUCAACCAACCUCAGUGGUCAGGGUGCUCGGGAAGUACAGCCUUUUUGAGAUGUCAGGGUCCCGACACAAGCUUGUCAGGGGUGCAAUAACCAACUUUCUAAAACCAGAAAGCAUCCAACGGUUUCUUGCCAAAAUGGAUUCUCUUGUCCAGAAACAAUUACUCAAGGAACUUCAUGGCAAGGAUUCAAUAAAAAUUGUGCCACUAAUGAAGAAGAUAACAUUCAAUAUAACCUGCAGUAUAUUUUUUGGAUUACCUGACGGCAAGGAGAAAGAUGAGCUAUUGAAAGAUUUUUCACUCACUGUCAAAGGAGUAUGGGCAAUUCCAUUCAAUAUUCCAGGGACUGUAUUUCAUAGAGCAAUGCAGGCGCGGCGCAGGGUCUGUAAGUUGCUUUCGAAUCUGAUAAUGAUCAGGAAAAAACAAGAAGAGGAAGGAACAGUUGAUCCUAACGAUGACAACAUUAUAUCUAGCCUCCUUGUUCUGAGGGAUGAAAAUGGACUGCCUUUACUAGAGGAAGAAAUUCUUGAUGUUUUCCUUUCAUUGAUAAUGGCUAGCCAUGAUACAACUGCAAUUCUACUGACCCUCUUCAUAAGACACCUUUCUAGGGAUGCAGAGGUAUCAGGAAAGGUGGUUGAAGAACAAAAUGAAGUCGUUAAGGCCAUGAACACAAAUGGUGGAAAGCUCACCUGGAGUGAAAUACAGAUGAUGAGAUAUACAUGGAGUGCAGCUCAAGAGCUCGUGAGGGUAAAUCCCCCAAUGCUUGGCAGUUUUCGUCUGGUAACCAAAGACAUUACAUUUGAUGGCUAUGACAUUCCCAAAGGAUGGCAGAUAUUUUGGGUGGCUCCAGGCACUCACAUGGACAGCAACAUAUUUGAAGAUCCUGAGAAGUUUGAUCCAUCAAGAUUUGAAAACUCAUCAAAAUCAUUCCCUCCAUACACUUACGUUCCUUUCGGAGCAGGGCCUCGAAUUUGCGCCGGAGUAGAAUUUGCUAGAGUUGAAGCAUUGCUGAUAAUCCAUCAUCUUGUAACAAAGUAUAGUUGGACAGAAAUGAUUCCUGAUGAGCCUAUCACCCGCGAACCAAUGCCAUACCCUGCCAUGGGACUUCCAGUCAAGCUUUAUCCAAAGAAUUGAUAACCUAGAAGGCCAAAUUUUAGAAACUUAUAUGUGGCCUGGAGAUUUUAGAAUGAACAGAUAAAAUCAUGAGAUACUUUGGUUUGAUUAUUUAUUGUUUUGAGUAAAACUAUUUACUGCAAUCUGAGAUUUUGAUCCUAA